CUACAAUAUAAAUGUGUAAUAACCCAAACACUUCGACCAUUUCAAUCAUGAAUUUAUUAUUGUUAACAAUCGUUAGUGCACACUUAGUGUUUCAAGUUCAGUGUUUUAAUAUAAGGAAGAAAAGAGAAACUACAGUAAAUCUACAUGGACAAGGAGGCAAAGUGAACGGCAUCACUUUGGGGCAAACUGGGGAAGUUUUCAGUUCUCCAAACGGAAAUCACGUCUUGAGUGCCGGAGGAAUAGUCAGUAAACCGUUUGGCCCUGGUUUACCAACUUCAGUUGGAGGAACUGUAAACUACCAGCAUAAUCCUUCUCAAACAUCGGUGGGUGCAGUGGUGUCCAACACUCCUCUCUGGGGCAAAGACGUGGGAAUUCAGGCGACGAAAACUAUUUACGGCGACAGACAAACGAAUUUACAAUUUUAUGGGGGCGUCCAACAGCACAUCGGAAGAGUUAUCGGUACUCAAAAUCCUCAGGCGAAUGUCGGUGUACAAUUCACGCAUUUCUUCGACAAGGAUUACCGAUGCAAACUUUUAAUGCUAGGUUGUACUGGUUAGACAUAAUUAAGCAAUUAAACAAAUUGUUAUAAAUUUGAAGAAACAGUAUUAAAAUUAAUAACAAAAAUAAUAUAGUUUAUUCUCCAGCAGAAUUCUUUUUAAAAUACAUUAUUCAUUU